UCAAUUUAUCUGCAAAGCAGCGUGAAAUAGGAAAUACUAGGCCCACAUGUUAUUGUCUAAUGUUCAGGGGUAAACUCGGAACAGGAUUAAGAUGACCGACCAUUAUACAAAGUUUAGGGUUGUCAAAUUUGUAAAGAUUGUGUCCUUUAGCUUGUCAUUUGUUCUACUAGUAUUGUUCGUUAUAGCCACUGUAAGGACACUGACGCUGGAUGUUAAUGCAGAUCUACAGCUCGCUCACUGGGAGAAGACAAACAACAUUGCGUCGGAUUUAAUAAGCGAACAUCGAGAAGAGCUUCUUGAUCAUUUCAAAGAGGCGGUACGGAUUCCCACCGUGUCAACAACGGAAACACAAUUGAACACCAGCGCUUUGCGCGAGUUCGACCAUCUCCUCAGGAGGGUUUUUCCUACAGUGUUUUCUUCCAAAUUGGUUCAUCAUGAGAUGGUGGCCAACUACAGUCACCUAUUCUGGGUGCCAGGCUCCAACCCUGCAUUGAUGCCCUACAUGCUCCUGGCUCACAUAGAUGUGGUGCCAGCCUUGGAAAGCGAUGGCUGGGAGGCUCCGCCAUUCUCUGCCAAGGAGAUUGAUGGGUUUAUCUAUGGUAGAGGAACAAUUGACAACAAGCAAGCUGUCAUGGCGAUUCUCCAGGCACUGGAAUACCUGCUGAUGAAAGGUUAUGCACCACGUAGGGGUUUCUACAUUGGUCUGGGUCAUGAUGAAGAGGUUUCUGGAUACCAGGGUGCUAUGAACAUAGUGCGUGUGCUAAAGAAGCGUGGGGUGCAGCUGGCGUUUGUCCUGGAUGAGGGCCUGGCUGUGCUGGAUGGGGUCAUUAGUGGUCUGAGGGGGCCUGCUGCUCUGAUUGGGAUCAGUGAGAAGGGACAGGCUACAGUGAAGCUGAGUGUGUUCACAGUUCCGGGACAUUCCUCCAUGCCCCCCAGGGAGAGCAGCAUUGGCAUCUUGGCUGCAGCCGUCAGAAGAUUAGAGGAAAAGCCCAUGCCCAGGAUGUUUGGUCUCGGCCCUGAGCGUGACACUUUUGAACAACUGGCCCACAAGUUUGACUUCCCGCUGAAAUUUAUCAUGUCAAAUAUGUGGCUGUUUUCUCCCAUCAUCGGCAGAUUCAUGGAGAGAAGACCAGACACCAAUGCUUUUGUCAGGACAACCACUGCUGUCACCAUGUUCAACUCAGGGGUUAAGGUGAAUGUUCUACCCUCCCAAGCUGAAGCCUACGUAAAUCUACGCAUCCAUUCCUCACAGUCCUUACAAGAGAUUUUGGAGCUGAUUCAGUGGACAGUGGGGGACGAGAGGGUGAAGAUGGAGCUUGUGCAUGGCUUUGACCCUGUGCGUGUCAGCUCCUCUGAUGAAACCUCCUUUGGGUUUCAAAUCCUCAAGAAAACUGUGAUGGACAUGUUUCCCCAAGUCACCGUUGCCCCUGGUAUCUGUAUUGGGAACACAGACAGUCGUCAUUACACUGAGCUGACCAAGGACAUAUAUCGCUUUUCACCUACUUGGUUCAAACCAGGUGAUGCUCAGAGAUUCCAUGGUAUCAAUGAGAGGAUUUCCAAGAAGAACUAUGAGGAGCUGGUAAUGUUUUUCUUCAACCUGAUCCAGAACUGUGACAUUAGAAAACUACCUCCUCCUCAUAGCACUAGUCAUGAGUUGUAAAGAAGAUGGCAUUAUGGGUUCAGAGAGGAGAUAUGCAGGCCUAGCUUGCACCAUGGAUGAAUUGUGUCAAUCUAAUAAUUAGGUAUGCCUGCAUUUCUCCUAAUCACAUUGUAUGUAGAUUGAUUUAGUAAUUGGCACAUCAUUUUGAAUAUAAAAUUUAAAAUGGAGGGGUGAAUUGAUGUUUACAUUUGACUAUUUCAUAAUUGAGUGUUUAAGAGAACCGUAUUGUAUUUUUAGAGCAUAAAUCCUGUGGCAGAAUUGUACUGCUGCAAUUUCAAAAUUGAGAUUAACAUGAAAGUGCUAAAUUCUUCAAUGUAUUGUAUUUCGAGAAUUACAAAUAGUUGUUAAUAUUUCUUAAGUAUCACAGACAUGACUUGCUAAUGGGUUAUUUGGUUUUAAAGGAAUCACUUGAAUUGUGAUAAGACUGCCUUUGGAAUCAAUUGUAUUGAUGUGGAAAUGCUGGACAAUCAAAUAAAAAUGAUAGUGUCA